AAUACAAACACCCGCAACUGAUACGAAGCAACCCUAAGCUACACUUCUCUGCCCACACUUCCAGGGACUCAGUCCUCUCUCUCUCUCUCUCUCUCUCUCUCUUCCCCAAUUCCCACAACCCUAUGUCGCGACGAGACAGUCGGGAUUCCGACUCAAGACGACAUCGUUCCAGAUUUGACAGAGAACCCAGUCCUAAGAGGUCUAGGAGGGAUGGAAAAGACGAAAAAGAGAGAGUCACCAGCAAAAGUAAUUUGGAAAGUGCAAAGCAGUCUGACCAGGAUCAAAAGCACCAGCCCAGGCUGCAAGAUACAUUGCCACUUGAAUCCCCAUUAGCAACUGACUCGAAGGUUGAAAAUGGGCCAUCCAGAAAAGAGUCUGAUAAGAAGCCCAGUGGACAUCUAGAAGGAACCAAACUCUCUUCUGAUCCAACUGAUGUACCCCGGUCACGAUCUUAUUUUCAGCAGCACGAUGAGCGUGGUAAUGCCAGGCAAGUUGAUCGAAGCUCUCGUCGUGGUUCAGCUGCCGAACGUGGUUCGUGGAGGGAUUCCAAGGAUAGGCAUGAUGAUAGGACAGUGAGCAAGACAACAACUAAUGAUUCACGGCCAAGAAAUGAGAAACCCAAGGGGGAUGAAAACAGGACCUGGCGCCAUAAUGGAUUCUUUGAAAUGGAGGCUAAUCCACCACCGGAAAGGAAAAGACCUGCAUUCAGGGAGAAGAAGAUUCCACUGGAGUCUGAAAAUGGUGACAAAACAACUGCAGAGACUGCAAAGUCAAACCAUCCUGAUGCAGAAGGAAGUAGAAAAAGGGAGGAAAGAGGCAACAACCCACGCCACUUGGAUAGAUCUGAGAAGCAAUUUGCAGGAGAGAGGUUGCCUUACAGGGGAGAGGCACAGCGGGGUUCCUUUCCUUCAAGAGAAAGGUACACUGAUGGUGCCGGCCUCAACUAUAGAGGAAGAGAUAGAUUCAGUGGGAGACAAGGGUUUCAAUCUAGUGGUGGUCGCGGUGAGAAAUGGAAGCAUGAUUUAUAUCAUGAGGCCAACAGGAGCCCAACACCGAAAAAUGAAGAGGAUCAAAUUGCAAAGGUGGAAACACUUUUGGCUUCAUAGGAUUGAAUUGGCAUGCAGAUGGCACUAGGUCUUGUAUCUGCAUAGCUGUGUCUUUUGUUUCUUUAGGUGUCCCUUUUGCAUGUUUAACAAAAUUAAGGUACUUUCAAUAUAAGGUCUGUUUUAUUGCUUUAUUUUGUUAAUUGAACUUUCUUUUUGGGUAACCUGAUGGGAUUGCCAAAACAUGUUAAUGUUCUCAUGAAAUGGCGGAGUGUUCUGUUCCACCCUCUUUUCUUUUCAUUUAUUUAUUUACUUUAGAAA